AUGGUCCUCCAAGCAAUCAAGUACGAGCGCGGCUCGCUCCAGAUUCUCGACCAGCUGCGCCUGCCCCAUGAGGAGGUCUACGACGAAGCCCGCUCCGCCCAGGAUGCGUGGCACGCCAUCAAGGAGAUGCGCACCCGCGGUGCUCCCGCCAUCGCGAUCGUCGCCGCCCUCGGCUUAGCCGUCGAGCUCGAGAUCAUUGCCUCCAAGAACGAGCUGUCCUCCGUUGCCGAGGAGGUCAAAGCCUUCAUCGAAGAGAAGCUCGACUAUCUAGUGACCAGCAGGCCUACAGCCGUCAACCUCGCCGACGCCGCUCGGAAGCUCAGGAAGACGGUCGGCGCGGCUGCGGCCGCGCAGAGUGCUUCGGGAACGUCCGUCAAGGAUGCCUACGUGCAAGCUGCGGAGAAGAUGCUUGUUGACGAUGUCUCGGACAACGAGAGCAUCGGCAAGCACGGCGCCGAGUGGAUCGUGAAGAACACCGAGGCCGGCAAGAGCGGACAGGUCAGCGUGAUCACUCACUGCAACACUGGGUCACUCGCCACCGCCGGGUACGGGACUGCUCUGGGCGUCAUCCGCUCGCUGCGUGCCAACGGUGCUCUCAAGCGCGCCUUCUGCACCGAGACAAGACCAUACAACCAGGGCUCUCGCCUGACGGCAUUCGAGCUCGUACACGAUAAGAUCCCCGCAACCUUGGUGACAGAUUCCAUGGCUGCGGCCCUGCUGCGUCUGAAGGGCGAGCCCGAGAGAAUCGCAGCGAUUGUUGUUGGCGCCGACAGAGUUGCUGCCAACGGGGACACUGCGAACAAGAUCGGCACCUAUUCGCUCGCUGUCAACGCAAAGCACCACGGAGUCAAGUUCCUCGUGGCAGCCCCGCGGACGACGAUAGAUUUGCACACCAAGACCGGCCAGGAAAUCGUGAUCGAGGAGCGCCCGGGCAAGGAGAUGACGCUUGUUAAGGGACCGCGCUUUGAUGGCACGGCUCUGGAUCUGAACGUGGUCGAGACGGUGAGCAUUGCUGCCAACGGCAUUGACGUCUGGAAUCCUGCAUUCGACGUCACCCCCGCCGAGCUGAUUGAUGGUGUUAUCACCGAGGUUGGCGUGUUGGAGAAGAACAGCGAUGGUACCUUCCAUAUGGAGGAGGUCUUCGGCUGGUGA